ACUCAUCUAUAAACCUCCAUCGCGACAUCUCGACCCUCGCCUGAAUUUCUAUCCCGAUAUUUACCCCUGCAAUCAAGCUUUCGACCAGCAGCAUGGACUCCCCCCUCGGCGGCGGCCCCGGCUUCAACGAGCAAGACCUGGCAAAGCUCUCGGAUCGCGACAAGCAAGAGCUGACGCAGUUUGUGCAAAACGAGUCGCAGAAGGCGAGGAUACAGUCGGCAAUCCACAACCUCACCGAUACCUGCUUCCGCAAGUGCGUCACGUCCAAGAUUUCGUCAAGGGACCUGGAUAAGUACGAGCAGCCGUGCAUGCAGAACUGUGUGGAUCGGUGGAUGGAUGCGAAUAAUGUUAUCAUGAAGGAGUUGCAGGCUUUGCAGAGGAACUAGGGCCAUUAAUGGAGAUAUGAGGGAUAUUCAUCAGAUGAUGGAGCAGAGCAAUUGGCGACGGAUUGCAUUGCGGAGCUGUACGAUAUUCAUUGCAUGAGCGCCUGGGUUGGGCCGGCAGAAUAAGUUCAUGGCACUGUACAUUAGUAGGCUUAGGAAAGAG